CCAAGAAAUCGCUCUUUUGCAGACUGUGCGAGAGCGCGUGAACGUUCCCGAGACAUCGGACGGCGCGCGCGACCGUGUUUCUGUGCAUCCUCUGCAGACAGACGCAGUGUACCGACACCGACAGACCGGACACCGGGACACGCACGAGCUCAAGGAGACACGCUGAACCACAGAAACAUGAGGUCACCACUUUGUCAGAGAAAUGGAAUAACAUUUAAACUGAAAAAGAAAUCCUGAAGAUUUGUUUUCUUGGUGGAGCUCUUUGGCAGGUGUCUUUCUAUCCCCAUCUGGGAUUCGCUGACUGGGCGACGAGCUCGAGAAAAUGAAAUCCCAUGAGGCAGACAUGGAGAGAGAGAUCUCUAAGGUUCAGGGGAUGGUGUGUGAGUUGCGGGCAGGGUUUUCUCGAGCGCUGCUGGAGCUGAAUCAGAUUCAGCAGGGAGACACUGAACUGCAGAGCCAGCUGGAGGACACCAGACACGGCUGCAACAAGCGAGCCCUUCACCUCGAGAGCCUGGUGCUGUCCCUCAAGGAGGAGCUGGAGGAGGUACGCUGUCAGUUUCGUCAGCUCUGUCAGGCACAAGACAGAAAGCCACCAGAGAAUCCAGGACGAGAGAAUAAUGCAGUGGAUGACAGUAGUGGAUGCAGUAGUGAUGGUGCAGCAGAGGCUUCUCCCCUUCCAGUGGGCGGAGCUUUUCUCAUACACUGUUACUUGCAAGGACUACAGGUGUGGCAACGUGCCAGACAGAAUACAGGCACAGAUGUUCAUUCCUGCCAAGCAACACAUAGCUGCUUACGGCGAGGCAGGAGGCGGGCAGUGGUGGAGAUGCUGCUGCAGUCUGAACGCGAUUAUGUUUCUAGUUUGAAUCAGCUCUAUGAGAAGUACAAGUCUGCAGAACAAAAUGUGGGGUUUGUAAAGUAUAUUGAUCAGAUGCUGCAGUGCCACCUGCUGUUCCGCAACACCCUAGAAGAGCGUCUGACCACUGACGAGAGAAGCUGCGCCGCUGGAGACGCUUUUCUCAACCUCACAGGACAAAACAAUAUUGCAAGGGAUUGA